AUGCGACAUAAACUACCUGUCAACAAGAAAGCGCAGGUGGACGGGAGUUAUACAAAGGGCAUAUCCAUUAGAAACAGGUACCGGUGUCCCAGCAUGCAGCAGCAGAACGGCCACGAGGCUCCGCCCCCCCAGUUACUCUCCAUGCCCCAACAGGACACCCAGCGGAUCCUGGAGGUGUACGUCAAGCGCAGCCUGAGCCUCAACGAUGGAUCAGGCAAGAGCAAGACAGUCAGGACCAGAGUUCGCCGUUCAGCCACACUAAUUGAGAGGCGAAACGGAGCGGGGAAGCAUGAAACCUCUCGGUCUGCAAACCUGCCGGCCAGCAGAGCAGAGGCAGGACCUGCUCAGCCGGCUCCACCGGAGGCCAGCAAGCCCCCUGAAGCUGCUGCCCUGCCGGAGGCCAAGGCCAAGAAGAGUGGAAAGAAGAGCAAGAAGCACUCAUUCUUUAGAAGCUUCCUCAACCUCUUCUCCAGGAAGACUGAGAAGAAGGAGGUGGCAGACCCUGAGCAAGAAACGUCAGGUGCCAACACUGCAAAUCAGGGCUCCAGCACCACCCCUCAAUCUGAAAAAAAGAUAUGGAGGAAAAGAUCCAUGAGGAAGCCCUCAUUCAGGCGUCAUGAUAGCCAGUUGGCCAAGUUUACCCCUGUGAAAAGACCCACCAGCUUGGCCCUUUCUGACACAGCAAAUCUCCCGAACAUUGUGAGUGUGGAACCCACAGAGAAGUACUACGAGAAGCUAUCAGAGGAGCUGGCUAAGAUUGUGAAGGAAGUCAAGGAGACUCCAGUAGAUGAAGGUCAUGGGACUGAAAUUAGGAGGUCAAAAUCAGCUAUAGAGAAUGAAGCCAUACAGAAGAUUGUUUUACUGCUGAAACAACAGGGGGAUAUCAUUGAUGAAAAGCUGAAGGACAACACCAGCAUGAACUCCAUCUUCCAGGGACUCUCCUACAGCUCCUUCCAGCAAAUUGCCGAUCACUAUGUGGAGACAGAGACCCCAGAGGUGCUCCCCCAUGGCACCGGAGGCCCAGAGCUGGUCCGCUUCGCAAUCACCCUUGACGUCACCGCCAAGAUGGCCGGCCUGUCCAACCAGACAGUGGGACGCAUCAUGGGACUGGGCAAUCAGUAUCUCCUGCAACGGUUCACGCAGAUGAGCAUGAACUUGGUAUCUCAGGAUUACAGUGGGCAGACACACAACAGCCUGGAAUCACCGCAGUGAAGUGUAUUUUACUACUGAGGGACAAACCCCACAUCUUCACCUCUGUGAAUUACAGUUUUAAGUCUUGAAACUGUCGAAGUAUCACAUCUCUAAGUAAUCAGUGGUCUCACUAUGGAUCUUUUUGCUAUGGAUGUUCUACCAUAGUCUUAAAACAUGCAAUUCUGCGUUCGUCAGUGCAUGAAUGCCGACGAUCUGCAUUCGCCACCAUCCAUGAAUGGAAAGAAGAGAAAACAGUGAUCUUGUCAUCAGUCCUUAUCAGUUCACACAUUUCUUGGCACUGGAAAACUAAAAAUAUGGUAUUUGCACAUUUGCUACUUGGAAACAUGUAGGAAACUGGGUAACCAUGCAAUAUAUUAGUUAUAUUGCAAUGAAUUUAUUACAGUCUAACCUUUGUAAUAUACAGAAAUAUGAAUUCCUAAGAUUUGCAAAGCACACCAUUCAGAAGGUGGGAAAACUGCAUUCUGUUAAAUAUGAAACAGGAACUGAAGAAUUUGCAAACCUGUUUGAGUAGGUUUAUAUGAACUAGCUGCAUUUGACUGUAUCUACUGGAGUACUAUGAAGCUCAGCACUUUAUGCCAACAAACAUUGAAACUGUAAAUUAUGUUUUGUAAAGGAAAUUAUAUAUUUAUUUAUGAAAUGUGUAAGGAAGAUUUUGUACUGUUUUACUGUGAGCAAUGCAAUCACAUUACCUGAAGACCCACUUUUACUGCUAGUAAAAGUGUUAUAAUAAUUGAAAUUGUGUGUUAGCUGUAAGACCUCUGAAAGUGUUACAAUAAGAGAAUUGUUUACAAAAAAAAUGUCAAUCUAAA